AUGCUCACAUGCUUCGACCCUCCACAUCCAACUUCCACGUCUAUCAUAUCCCUAACCUCCCCCUUCACCCGCGGCUCUUUACGCACCCUCCAAAAUGUCGUUAUUGCGCAUGCAACAACGUCCAAGACUCCAGUGACCUCAGGAGAAGUCAACGCAGCGGUCCUUGUUCCGUUGUGUAACGUCGAUGGUGUACCCGGUGUGCUACUCGAACUGCGAGGCAGUAAACUGAGGUCCCAUGCUGGCGAAGUCAGUUUCCCUGGUGGAAGGGUCGACCCAGCAGAUGCAUCGUUUCUUGCUGCUGCGCUCAGAGAAACACAAGAAGAAGUAGGUCUAGAUCAUCGGCAGAUCGACAUUCUCGGCCAAUUUGGCCUGCCUGAGCGAAGUCUCAUGGGUCUCAGAGGCUUCGUAUACCCACAUGAUGAUCCCUUACCCUCCAUCUCGCUUUCCUCACUCACCAUAUCUCAGGCCGAGGUGGCGACCGUCUUCCAUCUUCCCCUUUCCGCAUUUACAUCCCCUGCGCGUAUCAGGCCUGACAUGUUCCGCGCUGCAAGCCCAUAUUGGGCCAUUGAUGUCUCUGACCUUGUGGAGGGGUUUGAGGGGGUAAACGAUCCAUCGGGACACUCGGAAGUGAGCUAUGGGAAGGAGGGACGUUUAGAACUUUGGGGUUUGACAGGUUGGUAUAUAUCAUUGCUCAUGCGAAUUUUAAAGGUAUACACCUGAAUAAAAUAUUAUCAUG